GUGGUUUUGAUUCCUCUUUUUCUCUACUGCAGCCAGGAUGGGCAACCAGAUGAGUAUUCCACAGAGAGUCGAAGACCAAGAGAAUGAAUUGGAAACAGACUCUUCAGAGGUGGCAUCUGAGCAUGAGCACGGUCAAAAUGGGAUGCCAGUUGUCAUAUCCACGCACAGCGUUCAACACUAUGACGAAGUUGAUUUGGGAAUAAGUGUCAAGCAGGACAAUGUGGCCACUUCUUCCCCCAAGACAAUGGAGAUAAGCGCUGUCGUGGAUGCCAAUGGAAAGAAUCUUGGGAAAGGGGCCAAACCCGAGGCAGCAGCUGCUAAAUCUCGUUUUUUCUUGAUGCUCUCUGGGCCUGUACCAGGACGUACCAGAGACCAAGCCACGGAUUCAUCCCCUGGAUCAGUGAGGCUUGAUGUCAGCUCCAAUAAAGCUCCAAUGAACAAAGCCCCAAGUGAGAGCGUGGCACUUCCGGUAGCAGCUGCACCCGAGCACAGCCCGGAUAAAACCCCAGGGCAGAACCCCUCCGAAGAAGCAGCCUUCUCUGCUACUUGGGGACCAGCACCUCUCCCACCUGAGUCAGCCCCCGCCAAGCCCAAGGACCCCAGCUUUUUUGACAGACUCUUCAAACUGGACAAGGCACGGGAAAAGGCACCCAUUGACAGCCAACAGGAAAGCAAGGGUGGAGAGCGUCCAGACGAGGCCGAUGCAGUUCCUGGAUUAUCGAGGCAGCCCGAUGACGGCCCAGCAGAGAAGGACAUAGGUGACAGCAAGGAAAAAGGACAGGAAGUCACACCAUCAAGUCCCUCUGUCCCUGAGGACCCAGAAGAACUGACAAUUACAAAGGAGAAUUCCCAGACAACAAAUAUAGCAGAGAAUAAUAAUUCCAUCAUGAGUUUCUUUAAAACUCUGGUCUCACCUAACAAAGCUGAAACAAAAAGAGAUCCAGAAGACACGGCAUCCAAAGCAGAAAGUGUCUGUGAUGGACAAGCUGGUCAGAAGACAUCAGAGAUCCAGGCAAAAAGCACCAAGAAAAAGCACCUGGAUAGCCCCAGGCUAGGACUCGCCUUUAGAAAAUUCUUUAGGCAUAAGGGUGCUGAAAAGUCACCUGCCACUUCAGCUGACCCCAAGUCAGACAAAGCCAACUUUAUCCCCCAAGAGACCCAAGGGGCAGCCAAGAAUCCAAAAGGCUGCCACCCUCCAGGUCAAACGCAGUCUGGAGCACCCACAGAAACACCAAAGGAGGGUGCCAAGGAGAAAACAGGACCCACCUCUCUGCCUCUGGGCAAACUGUUUUGGAAAAAGUCAAUUAAAGAGGAUUCAGUCCCCACAGGUGCAGAGGAGAAUGUGGUGUGUGAAUCACCAGUAGAAAAUACAAAGUCCGAGGACAUAGAACCGGCCUUACAAACAGUGGAUCUCAACGAAGAAGGAGAUGCUAUACCUGAACCCAAAGAAGAAAAACUCAAAAGAGAAGGAAGCAAACCAUCGAGACCCUCCCUGAUGGCUUUUUUCAGACAAAUGUCAGUGAAAGGGGAUGGAGGGAUCACCCACCCAGAAGAAAUAAAUGGGAAAGACUCAAGCUACCAAACAUCGGAUUCAACAGAGAAAGCUGUCACACCACCAGAGCCCGAACCAGCAGGGGCAGGCCCGAAGGGCAAAGAUGGCUCCUCAAAGGACAAGAAGUCGGCAGCUGAGACGAGCAAGCAGAAAAGCAGUAAGCAAGAAGCUAAAGAACAGGCCCAGAGCUCAGAGCAGUCCGUGGUGGAGAUGAACUCACUGCAGAAUGGGGACAAGUCCCAAAAGAAACCCGAGAAGCGGCGGCAGUCCCUCGGGGGCUUCUUAAAAGGCCUGGGACCAAAGCGGAUGUUGGACGCUCAAGUGCAAACAGACCCCAUAUCCAUCGGACCAGUUGGCAAAUCCAAGUAAACAAAUCACAGUUCCCACCAAGUUCUCCUGCCAUCAAGAUGUCUUCUCUCUGCUCCAUCUCCUCCCCCCAAACCCACUCCGUGUAUAUAUCUUUUUCUUCCUGUGGCCAUCAAAUGAAAUUCUGCUUACACAUUAAGCCUGUGCUGUUGUAUAUUGAGGUGUAUUAAGUCUCUGGUUCAGUCUUUCCUGGUAGAUUAACAGUAAAGAUGGUUUAGCAGGUUAACUAGUUAGCUCAGAAGAGUUGAUGAUUGCCAAGCAGGGAAGGAAGGGGGAUAGAUGAAAGUGUUCUCACUAAGUUAUAAAAACUGGCAGUGACAAGUAAAUUGCAGCAUGAAGAUGCCUGUAGAAGGAAUUAAACUUGGUAGUAAAUAUGAGCUCCUCCUCUAAGCCUGAGGAAGGGAGACUAAAAUCCAUUUGUUUAGUCCGCCGUUCAAAGAGGGAGCACAGGGUGGGGAAGUUGCCAAUUUCCUGGAAUGGAAUGUGUGGGGUGUGAAAAAGGAACGAAUACGAGUUGUUCUUCAGCUAGGGUCCUUGAAAGUUAUUGAUGAGAGGGAAAAGAUGGACUGGAGAGGGCUUGAAAUGAUUUAGGAAAACAAUUGCUUUUUCGAGGCUUAGUGACAAGGGCGAGGAUUACAACUUCCAAACAAUAAAUAAACGGAGUUGUGCGUUCACGUAGCAACACCAGGGGGCGCCAAGGUCUCCGUUUGUAUCCUGCAUCCUGUAUCACUAACAAAGAUUAGGUCUCCGCCAUCUUACCUUGCUGAUGUUGCUCAGAUGGCAGAGGGGCUCGCUUCAUCUGUUCUGUCUGACACUUAUCUCAAGUCUGUCUGUAAUUUCUUAAUUGUUCAGGCUGUGCUCUUAUAAAACCCUCCCCAUAACCCCUGUUAAUAAAAAUUUACAGAGUAUUCAAA